GCAGCGCAACAGCUUGCUUGGCUGCUUAUUGGAGUGCUUGUGAAAAAUAAAAAAUAUUGAAUCGAAUUAGUGAAAUUGCUGAUAAUUAAUAAAUAGAUCGUUGUGAGUUGUGAACUGCGGCCAUUACAAAUGGAAAGUUUACGAAUUUUUCGUAUCGAAGUGUUAAGAAUUCCAAGAAACAUGCUUUAUUCAUUUGCGAAAAUGUCGAAUGGUUUGUUUAUUUGCGCCCACGCUGAGUGCGUUUAAACAAAAGUGCUAUAUAUGUACAUACAUUUGAUUGUAGUUGAUUAAUACCGUGUCUAAUACCAGUCAAUGAAUAAAUAAAAGAAAUAUCCGAUAAAAAAUACAAGUUCAAAGCACAGAACCAGUUCAAAGUGUAUUUGUAGCGAGUGGUGCAUUGUGCGUGUGCGUAUUGGGAAGUGCAACUAUAAAAAUUAUUAAAUAAAAAAGUUCAUCUACACGAAGAAAGUGUGUGCGUGUACGCGCGAACAAAUCGACUAGAAUGUGCGAUAAUGACGAAUCCAUUUCGUCACAGCACCAAUCCAAUCUGAAUCUGAAUACUAAUAUGAUCGGUGAUAGCAUUGAGCCUGGAGAGCUGCUGCUACCUGCAAACAGUCAAAGCCAAUUGGCGCAAGACGCCAUUUCCUUAUGCAGCUCAGAAGCAUCUUUCGAUCAGCAGCUGCAUCAGACCACACAAUCGCUUGCUAUAGCGAGUUCCAUGAUGGCCGGUUUUGGUUACGACCCCAGCAACAGCAACAUUGUUGGAGGCAUCAAUGGUGGCGGCAGCAACAGCGCCGGCGCUGUUGGCACGAACUGCAUAACCGGCACCAAUAGUAUUUUACGUUAUAAUGAUUUAAACAUUUUCGGUUCAAGUGAGUCUGUGGGUGUAAUGGCGACGGUUACGCCUACGGCCACAACACCAUCGCUGGCACCACAAAUUGCCGCUGCUGUGAAUACGGUCAAGAUCAAUGUAGAGGAACUGCUGCGCGAGAAUCGUGCUUUGCGCGAAAAGCUCAAGGAAGUCACUGCCCAUCGUGAUCAUUUGAUAUGCGAAGUGUCAAAUCUACGUUUAGAACUGGAUAUGUCCGAGUUGAAACAGCUGCCGGAACAAAGUUUCCCACAAAAAUCCAUCGAGCGUAGCGGUUCGACCCAAUAUGAUAUUGCUGCACCGCCUGGCUCCACAACAUCCGGUUCCACAAUGUCAACGGAUUGUGGUGGCUACGUUUACCUGCAGCAACACUAUAUACCCUCGAGCUCUUCCAGUGCUGCUAUAAAUUAUCCCGUCAUGCCACAAUCUCACAUGAUUUACCAGCAACAUCAUCCACAACAGUAUGCAACCUCGUGCCAUCAACAACAAAUCGCACAUCAACCAGCAACAGCGGGAACUGGUGGUAUACAUCAUGGCCAACAUGUGAGUUUACAUCAUCAGCAUCACCAUCAUCAUCUACUGCAUGGCCAUCAUCAUCAUCAUGGUGGUGCCGUUGUGAUUGCAGGCAGUGGUGUUGGCACUGGCAUGGGCGGCAGCGGCAUCGCUGGCGGCGGUCCAGGUAGCACUUCACCAUCGGCAAUGCAGCAAAAUAUGCACAAGAAAAACUCUAUACGAAAUGGCAGCGAUGUGAUGAAGCGCGCACGUGCACAGACAGCGUAAGUUCUUUUUUGCUUAUUUU